GGAGCUGUUCUUUAUUUAUUGCCGUUUAUUAAUUGCUUCCCAUGAACUGCCAUUUAUUCAUUGCUUCCCAGAAAAUAUCUAAAAGUGACUACACAAUGAAAACAUCAGUAAUAAAAGAAAUUACAAUUUCAUAUAUUUACAUAAAUGAAAACAGUUUAAAAACAAUUAUGGACACUCAUAUGUAAGAACAGUUACAAAUCCAACAGAGACCAGGACUGAGAUCAAGAUUUUCAGUUGUUGGAAAAGGAAGGCGUUCAAUAGGUGCCAGAAUGACAGUAGAGAUGGUUCUGGUCUGAGGGAAUAAGUUCCAAAGGGUAGGUUCCACCAUGCUGAAAACCCAGUUCUUACACUGCACAGAAUGGGCCUCUUGAGAAGAUGGUAUACAGGAGGGCCUUUCCUGCAGAGCUUUGUGAUUUGCAGGAUAUAUAUGGAGUGAGACCAUUGUUUAAAUUAAGAGAUGAGAGACAAAAGGGCAUAGUCACGGAUACAAAGGAGGGCGAUGGGUGACAGCGGGUGAAUGGACAGGUAUUGGGGGAACAGGAGAAAUGGUGAUGUAUGGUGUGGGGGUUGGGAACUGUGGUCUAGGGAGGGGUAAGAGUAGUUAGGAGAAACAGAGAAGAAGAUGGAUCAGAAAUGGCCGGUAGAAUUCCUGCCCUUCUGGACACAUUCUCCGCUCAAGCUAGGACAUAUACCAGCUUGGAGCAAAAAUGUUCCCUCAGACGAGAUCUCUGUGGGAGGCCACAAGAUGAACGCUGUUACAUUUUUAAUGCUCUGUUAACUGUAUUGGGUCAAAGGUUCAGAAAGGUGACAGCGAGGGCUACAUUGCACUUAAACUUAAUCAUCUGCUUUCCAGUCAUGCAGGUGGAAAACUCCUAAGCCUUUCCAGGAUGCUAGUCUCUAGAAAAUGUGGUGCUAUUUGCCUCAUGUAUAAAAACUUUUAAAACCAAUAAAAGUUACAAGCGGCCAUACUGCCAUUUCCACAGGAGAUGUACCCAGUGAGCAAUAGAACCCAAUUUUGCCUUAAUAUUGGUGAGCCAUGAGUAAUACAAGGGCUAUAAAAAUCUUCAGUUUAUAUGCAAUAGGUUCUCUCACAUUGAUGAGCAUUGCUUUUCACUCAGAUAGACACUUUAAAGUGACAGGGUGACUAAACGCUCAGCUAGAUUGAUAAUUUCCACAAUCAAUCAGUAGCUCAGCUCUAUAAAUGUUUAGCUAAGAAAUGUCAUUCAUUUGUUUCAGUGGAGCUACCUUUUUAUGGGAAUUAGCUCCCCUUUACAGAGUUAUGUAGAAGACAGGCCCUAUAAUUGGUUCCGUCCGAUAAAAACUAUUCAAGACACUCUCUUUUAAAGUUUAAAUAACAAAUAACUUUUACUUUGUGUACUUGCACUUGCAGAUUAAAUAUACCACAGCUGAGUGUUACUUAUAUUACUAAUACAUAUUACAUAGAUUUGUAUCAAAGAUAAAUACGGUUGCAGGCUGUUACAGACUGACUAACUCUGAGACAGACAGCAGCACAACAGAGCAUACCUGCUGCUCUAACAGUUAAGACUGUCAUAGCUGUACCAACUGCCAUAACUGCCUCAGGCGUAUAGGAGCCAACUCCUAGGGGCCAAGGGGUCUUUCCCCCCCAUAAAAUAUUUGAGGGGGGCUUCCCCCCAGCUGAUGGGCAAUGCCAUUCAAAUGGUGUGUGUGCACUGUCAUGUGAUCAGUCAGGGUGAUCACAUUUCCAAGCCGGGUUGCACUGCUAACAAAGUGUCUCAAGGGGGCUCAGAGACUCCUUCAGCUUCUGGGUGGCUCUGUGGGAACGGCCUUUUCCCAAAAAAUUUGCCACAGCCACCCCGCACCCCCAUCCCAAGAAAUGAAGCCAAACUUCCGGAGGGAAAUGCUCAAAGCUCAAGAAAGGAGAGGAUGUUGAAGUAGCAGGGGGAUGUGUAUUUUAUUUUAUGACAGAUCAGACGGUUUCCUAAAGCUACAGAUGCAAGUCAAAUACUGUGGUUGGUAAACACCCCUAGUACAUAUGCUUAGGAUUGCACCCUUUGUUAAUUUCUGCCACAUCUGUGGAAUCCAACUCUUGAUCUUGUGUGAUUCCCCCCCCCCCGAGAGAAAUAUGAGGAAAAGUAGCUCUAAGACUAGCUACAAGAUUUAUUUAAAGCAUAUGGCUUACAGGUGCCUGACUGUCAGUCUUCAUGCUUUCUUACAGAAUAGGUACAAAAUCAAACACAAGUCCCUACUUUUAUCAUUUUUCAAGCUAAUCAACUUAGACAUCAAAGUGGAUUUUUUACUCCUCUCUAAACUAUCCCCCCAUGGUACUACCAGAGGCGUACUUGGGGUCCCUUGCAUCCUUGGCAAGGAGCUGUAUCAAUGCCCCCCCCCCCCACAAAAAAUCACUUUACCACAAUAGCCACAUUAUAAAUUACUACAUUUUAUGCAACCUAAGUACUCAAAGUGUCCAGAGUGAGAGCGAGGUGAGGAGGAAGGGCGAAAAAGAUGACACACCUUUGUGCCGUGGUGUGAGAAGGAUGGGAGGCUUCCCCUGUGUUUGAUCUUUCCACGACAACGGUGGCACAUCACCAACAUAUAUGCCAUACACCCCAUAGUUUGGUAGGUUAUUUUUGCAGAGGGUGGUGGGCCUGACCUAUAUACUCAGCAGGGACAGUUUCACAAACCCCUUUGUAUGCUUCUGGGUACUACUUCUGUACCCUAGAGCUUCCUAGUUCCUACAAUCAGUAUAGUUUUAUAAAUUCAUUCUUAUGAUUCCCACUUCUGUCAUAUAGCUAAGACGCCAACCACUUUGCACUACACUUUGCACUACAAGCUAGUCAAUAGGCUUGGGGAGGGGCUUGGCUAGAGCCAUGAUCUAAAUGCCUGAAACUCAAUUAAAAAUCAUUUGAUCCAAGCCCACUCAACGCACACUCACAUGCUUAUAUUUAUAGGACAGCAGUGAGGUGACGUUGCAGUGCAUUGCCAAGUUUGCCUGACAAUUGACCUUGUGAAUGCUCCACCAUAUAUCAUGAUUGCUGCUUCGCUGGUGACCAGUCUGAAAUAUUCCAAACAGAAAAUAUUGCACUAAGACCUUGACAGAUUAAAGCCUUCACAGUAUCUGUCAACACACAUCUGCAUCCCAAAAUGGCAAAUCAGUGGCAGCUUUGCCAUUUCACCCUGGUGUGCUUGUGUAAGGCUAUCAUAUGAGAACUCUCAGUUCAGCAUUAGUACAAAGCUUUGGCACAUAGGUGCAGAGAGAGAAAAGGAACAUAAUUUUUUUUUGCACUGAUAUUUCUGCAAGCUCUCUGCACCUAUGUGCCAAAGCUUUGUACUAAUGCUGAGCUGAGAGUUCUCAUAUGAUAGCCUUUGGUUUAAAUUUCUCCACCUCCAAAUUUCACAACCCCCCCCCAAACUGACCCAAAUGGUGCUGAUUUUACACCCAGCAAAAUGGGGACUACUUUUGGCUAGCCCUGAUUUUUUACAGCAGUGAGAUAAAUAUGAUCACCUGCAAGUGUUUGCAGACCAAGCCACAGUGCAACAGUGCCGUGAUAUCUGGAUAGGAAAAUCCUCACAGGUGAAGGGUGUUUCUCCUACAACUUUUCCUCAACAUACCCAAACAUGCAUUUUCCUCCUCAGGUUUUUGGGCCUUUCACCUUCAUUUCUUUUCCUCCCCUCCUCCUUGUGAAAAGUAAUUCCCACUUACUACAUCUGUGUUUUCACCCCAUUGUGCCUGUCUGAACUAGAGCUCUAAAAAGAAAGAAAAAAUUCUUAGUGUUCCUAACUAAAAGGAAAUUUCCUCCAAAUGUUUUACCAUGGUAGGGAAUUUCUUUAAAAACAUUAAACUGGCUGCUUUUUAAUGAUGUGUUUAAAAUUAAACAUUCCCAGAUGGGAUGUAUAUUAUGGACAAACCAUGUCCUUCAGUUCAAGUACCCUGUUUACUUUAAAAUCUGAAACUAACUACAAAUGCAAACCAGUUUUUAUUUUCAAGCACCUGGAAAAAAUUACCAAAUUCUUAGGUGUGCAUUGUAAUGAGAACAAAUACAGAAGAGUGUGAAUUCUUGGGUUUCAAUAUCUAUUUUUAAAUUGUUUCCCGAGUAAGCUUUCUAUUUAGAUUUAAUGAGAUUCUAACUGCAUUUUAAAAAAGAAAAGAAAAAUCCCAGACGAUUAUUAAAGACAUAUUCCUGUAGGUUUUGCACACAUAGUUUAAACAUUUCUUAAACAGUGUUUCAGAUCAUCGUUGGCAUUCCAGAUGAGUUAUCUUCCUAAAUAAGUUGAAUUAUUAAACUUUUACUAGAAACACACACUGCGGGGGGAUUAACUGUUUUUCAAGAGACACAAAUCUCUGCAGUUGCUCAGCUCUGACGGAUCUGUUUUUUAAAUGGUUUGGCUGCCAUCCUGCACACAAUUAGGCCUCUAAAAUCCAAUUGAUUUGUGAUAGAAUUUAAACUGCUUGUGUGUGCUGGAUUGUAGUCCAGGUGAUUUUAAGGCACAUUUUUUUGCCUAUUAUUUUAAAGCCACCUAAAAUCAAAGUCUAUUAAAACAUCACCAUAUACAGUGGUACCUCUGGAUACAAACAGGAUCCAUUCCAGAGCCCCGUUUGCAUCCAGAAGCGAAUGCAACCCGUGUCUGCGUGUGCUCAGGUCGCAAUUUGCCACUUCUGUGCAUGCACAUGACGUCAUUUUGACUGUCUGCGCAUGCGCAAGCAGCAAAACCCGGAAAUAACACAUUCUGUUACUUCCAGGUCGCCGCGGAGCGCAACCCGAAAGCACUCAACCUGAAGCAACUUCAACCCAAGGUAUGACUGUACAAGAUAAUACCAGAAGAGAGAGAUUAUUGUGAUAAACAGGUCAUGGGACCUAAGAAAGCUGCUCUGUGCAAUCUCCCAUAAUAGUAUUGGGGAUUCAGCAGGUGGUUAUUUAAAGGUGCAUUUAUCUGCCCCACUCUUUUUGAUAGGUUCUCUAAUAUUUCCCUGUACUGACAAAUGGUGAAAGCAUCCAACAGAUCCUCUUAACUGGUCAUCAUGGAUUUGGUUAAGGACCAGCACCAGAGGUUGGCAAAGUCAGGCACCUUCCUAGGCCCAUGCCCCAAUUGGGGGGGGGGGGUACAGCCAAUCCCUAGAGCCUCCUGGCCUCCUCCUUCUCUUUGCUUCUGCUGCUGCCUGUUCACCUGCCCUCACCAAGUGAAUGAGCAUUGGGAGGAACAAAACAAGGAGCAGUAACCACAACACAUCUUGCCAGCACACCUUCUUUAGGAGAUGGUAUAACUAGGCCCAAAGGAAGAAACCACUGAAUGGGCAGUAACAACUGUACACAGAAGAGGCGGGUACUUAGUGAGAUGGGUCCACUGAGAGAAUCUCACCCAAAGACCCUCAAAUCUGGAACAAGCAUUGAUUUGGUUGACCAGCUAGAGCACUUCAGAUAUUAUCUGUAUGGGGGGCAGGGAGUGCUCAUUUUACACAAUGAUGUCACCACAGUUUGUCAUAAGUAUCCUUGGGUGGCACUCCUGUUGUUACUGAAUUGCAACUCACAUCAUCCUUGGCCAUUGGCUGCGUCAUCUUGGGAUGUAGCCCAACAACAUCUGGAGGCCCACCCACGCUUGCAUGGCUUACAGGGUGAUCAUUUUCCCCACCCGUCUUACUGCAACUUUAGCAAAGGCACAAGCAGAAAGAACUACAGCUUUCUCCUGUCUUGAGGUGUUGGAAAGCAGAAGCUGCUGAACUUUUUGCUGCUCAGGCAGCUUCAAAAAGUUCAAAGCUGCUGUCAAGAAAAGGUGGUAGUCCUAGCAGCUAAAGGGAAGUCUCAGAAAUACUGUUUUUUGUCUCUCUUUUUUGUUCCAGCUUUCUCUUCUCAUUCAUAAUCAAGGGCCAAACUAGACAUGUCAUUAAGCGUAUUUUUGUAUUUACUCCAGUGGUGGAUUUGACCAACACCACCCCAAGCAAAGUAUCAGUUUUGGAAAUGUGAUUUUCUGCAGGAGGAAAAGAUUCAAAUCUCUCCCUAGUGCAAGUUACACUGAACACAAGUGCAAGCUCUCUCUAUACAUGUACACGGUUGUGUGAAAGAGCAUACGCUUGUUGAUUUGUACAGAUCAACUAUUUGUAUAUACAGGUGCACAGAUUGUACACUUAUUGAAUGUAACAUGUCAGUGCUCCUGAAGUCUGCUGUAAUCCUGACUAUCAGCUGAUGCAAUUUACAUCAAAGCCGCAUUUUUUAAAACCCUAGAUGCAAAAGCUCAAAAAAGACAAAUGCCUAAAUAAAAACAAGGGAAUAUACUGCUGGUGUUAGGUACAAUACAAAGUGAAUGUUUGGUCUCACCAACAAGAUCAGAGAUCAGGAACUAGGUACCCUGUCAGAUUACAGGGCCCAUCUCUGACCAUUGGUCAUGCUGUCUGGGGCUAAGGAAGUUGGGGUCCAACAUCAGCUGGAGUGCCAUAGAUUCUCCAGUCCCUGAUCUACAUACAGCCUUGCUAACAGGGAGCAUCUUACAUUAUGAGACAUUUAGUGUAUUUAGAGCAAAACUGAUUUUGUCUACUCAUAAAUGGGGAAAUGAGGAAGGAAGAUCUCCAGAAAGUACAGACUGCAAAUCAUUUCAAAAUGAGAUAUGUCCCAAUCACAGAGGCCAUACUGAAACAUCACCUCAUAAUUGCUCAAUAUACAAGUCAGAACAUGUCAAGAUGAAAUGCUUGAGGAACAUGGUUAGCUAUUAUUGUGUUUGCUCUUUCCGGGGUGUGAUGGAAUGCAGAAUGAGCCACACGGCAGGAAUUGUUGUUCUUUUUUAAAGCUAUAAAAUGAAGACACAGGCAGAUCUGUUAAAUGGCAUUCUCCCUUCAGGAGUAUACACCAUGGCUUUGUCCAUGGACUUGAACCACAGCUCCCAUCUUCCCUGGCCUUGCUUGCUGGGGCUGAUGAGAAUUGUAGUUCAGCAACAUAAACACAGGUUCUCAACACCUGAUCUAACUCAUGGUGUUUUUUGGAAACUACCGCCCAAAUGCUAUUGACCAGUAAGCAACUGGACACAAACAAACAAACAAACAAAUAUCAUGAGCAGCUCAUACCAUUACUGCCCAUGAACUGUCACACCAUUGCACUUCCUGGAUUUUUUUCAUGCAAAUAUUUGUGCUUCUUUAGUGGUACAACAUUUUGCAUGAUUGGUGUGGACAGGUGUUUCCUUCUGUACCUCUUCAUGGUCAUUGCAGCAUCCAUGCUCUUGUAUUACCAGAGCCCUUAUUUUUAUCUACGCAUUUGCAACAUGACAUCCACACCCCUAUUCACUCUGUUUCAUUUUAUCUGAUAAUUUGUGUACAUAAACGAAAACUGACUAUUCCACUGUCCCAGGACCUGAUUGCCUCAUUCCAUCUCAAUUCUCCAUUUUUGGGGGUGGUGGUCAAAUGGAACAAUGUUUAUAUGGGUGUUGGUUAUGAUAUACCAUUAUUUCAAAUAGAAUAUAUAAGAAACGAAAUUGGGAGCUGGUUAUUUUCAUAGGGCUCCUCUGCUCUAAAACUUGUUGACAGAUUGGUUCAUCAGCCACUGAUCUUCUUGUCCUGGGGUCAUGAUAUUGGAUAGCAAUAUCUGUUUCCACACCCUUGUUAUGGAUACCAAAGUAUGUAGUGAUGAGUGAAUGAGAGCAAACUCUCUCUAUAAACCUUCCUUAAGGCAAACUCGGGGUAUUUUCACACACAUCUCUGAAAAGGUGUAGCAGAAACACAGGGCAAGCCGGCACAGCCUGAUGUGAUUAAUACUUCUCUGUUGCUGUUAUCUAUAGAAUCCUCCCCAAAUGGACUCAUAUUUUUGGGACAUGUUCACACCAAUCAAUUCUGUGCCCCAGGAAAAGGAACAAGCUAAAUGUCCUGCUGAUCACAGCUCUCAGUGAAUCUUUCUGCUGCUGGGAAGUUUAUGCCUGCCAAUAUUGGGGGGGGGGGUGCUUUUAAGCACACCUAUUUUUCAUCAAGUCUGAGUGUUUACUUCUGAGCAGAGCCACCGCUGGGGAGGCCUCAAGCCUACUGCUCAAAAUAGAGCCGUUCCCAUUCAGCAGGUCCCAGCCAGCCCUUCCCUGGAGUAGGAGAGAUAAUGACUGGUGACCUGAGUGAGUUCACAUUGGCCAAUCGACAGGCAUUUGACAAAUAACAGGAGCCUUAAGCACUGUUUAGGCUCCAGAGAACAAAUGUAUUAGGCUCCAGAGAACAAAUGAGGAGAAAGAGGAAGACAAUCACUAAGGUUGUGUGUUAAAAACAAUUUCUCCACUUCUCACAGUCUCUUGCAUUGCAAGCUGUCUUUAAAUAAAAGUGCACUCUCUCCCCCACCACCACUAUCUAUUGCUAGCCAGAUAGAACAAAAAACCCCCCAAAACAAAACCCCUCUUCAGAUUGCAUGUUUCUGUUUCAUGUCACUUGUCAAGGAAAAUGAGAUGAUAAUGCCAAAACUAGUAGUGCUGUUAAUAAUAUUUAUUAUUUAUAUGUUUUAAAAAGAAAAGAGAUACGCAUAGAUCAACAGAGAGGAAAGGCAUUGCCCACAGGCCCAUAAUCAAAAGAGGGAAGGUGAGUGUGAUGGGAAAGGGGAUGGCUUUUUCAUCGAACACAGCUUGAGGAAGGGCAGAGCAUCUGCCUUGCAUUCAGAAACCCCUAGCUCAUCUCCAGGUAGGGCAGGGGGAGACCACUACCAGGAACCCUGGAGGUCUGCUGCCCUUCCGUGUAGACAAUACUCCACUAGAUACCGCAAUGUUCUGACGCAAUGGAAAUAACAUUUGUCAUUGUUUUCAGGUGCUUCAUUCUUAAGGUUUCAUCUUGCAUCCUUUUGGCUUUCAGAGAAUAUGAAACACCUUUUGGGAAAGAUUUUACUUUAUGGAAAUCCCAUAUGAGAGCACAUGCAGUUUUAUUAGCUAUAUUUUCAAAGCUGGGUUGGGCAAAACUUUAGAGCUGCAUCUGAAGAAUCUGUGACAUUUUCUUUUUAGUGUUGCUUGGCUUUAUUUCUCAGAAAUAAAGACAAAGGCUGUUCUUUAGAUAAAUCUGGAUAUACUGCAAGCCCACUUCAAUGCCUUUUGUCCAUAAUCCUGUAUUUCCUUUCCUUUUUAUAAAUGACACUUUAUUUAGCUCCCUUUCAAUAUACUAUGUAUAUUGAAUACUAUAUGUAUACUACCAUGUUUUUCUUUUCUUUUCGUUGAAUCAGAUUCCCAUAGAUGAUGGUAGUGGAAGAGACAGCUGGUUAUUGGUAGGCACUCUGCUGUCUUGCACUCUCAAUCUCAAAAAUAUGUUUUCUUGAUAUUAUGUGCAUUGAGUUUCUAGUGCAAUAAUCACAUACCUAUGCAUUCACAGGUACCUCCUCUCCAGUCUUCUGUUGUAGAGAUCCUACAUUAUUUUUAGGCUGCAUACACACUAACCUGUUUACAGUACAAAAAUGUGGUUUUUUGCCAUCCAGAAUCAUUGGUGCUCAUCCUCAACAUGCUGCUUUCAAUCUAGAAUUAUUCUAGACCCUGCUGUCUCCAAGGGUGGCUAUAGCUUCAUGACACAUGGGUUUAUCUAUACUUCCAUUUUUCCUUCCCUUUCCCCCCUGGGGAAACCCAUUUUUAGUGCUAAAUCAGAACAGAAUGGUGAUUAAUAUACACAUAAUAAUAAAUUAUACAUUCUUUAUCAACCUUCUGAGAAAAAUACAAAACAUUAAACAAAGCCACAGAGACUUGCGAACUACCCAACUUUGCAGGUAGCACACUCCCAAGAUAGUUUUCUGAGCUUCUUCAGUGGUCUAAUCUCAAAGUCUUGAUAUUCAGUCUUAUAGAGAAUACUCUUUCUUGGCUUAAGCUUAAGAGACUACCUGCAAGCCCCAGUAAAAGGGCCCCAUUGGGGGCGGACAGCGGCCUCUUGAUUACUUGGACUACCAGGGCGAAACAGGUGCAAAACGCCAGCACCCUGUCAUCUGCAACUUCAUUAACAUCUAUCUACAACUCCACUAGCAUCUCUGGGUAUUGUGAAUAACACCGAACUUACCUUUUGUUGGUAUCUUCAUGAACUUAUCUAAAAGACUGAGUUAAGCAUUUGAAAAAUCUAUUGAAACCAGACAUUAUAAGUUCAUCUUAGGUUGGGUAGUUCGCAAGUCUCUGUGGCUUUGCUUAAAGUUUUGUAUUUUUCUCAGAAGGUUGAUAAAAAAUGUAUAAUUUAUUAUUCUGUGUAUAUUAAUCGUCAACGUGUUGCAUGAGUCGCACCACUUCUAUCAGCAGCACAGGUUGCAUUUUUCUAGCAUUAAAUCAGAACAGAAUGGCAAUUGGGUUUUCCGCAUAUUGCAGCUUGUUCCACUUUAGUCCUAAAGAGCAGGUUUUCUGGAUGAAAGUGGCAGGCCAAAGGCAAAACUUGUCAGACCCAUGCCUAGAAAGCAAUGGAAAGGGGGGGCGGAUUGUAUGGCCCCAUGCUUUCUAGGCAUGGGACAAGCGGAUAGAUCCGCACCUUUUCCUCCCUACAUGUGUUCUCUGUCAAUGAAGAAGGAAGUGGUAAUUGCCAUCUUGGCAUACACCCACGUGCAUUGUCAUUGGUUACAUCUGCUUUCAAAGGGGCAAACAGUGGAGUCAUGCAGAAUCAAUCUGCAGUGAGCUUGCGUUUUUGGAAAGGAAUAGUUUCUCAGGAAGUGCUUUUCAGGGGGAAAGAAUAUACAAUAGAUCUAGAUUUUGUGUGGACUAUGUGGAAGUACUCAGGGCUCCAAUGAGCUUAGAAUAAAAUGUUGCAUGUACACAGCCUAAGUUUUUAUUAUUAUUGUUGUUUAUAGCCAGUGGCCAUUACAGUACAAAUCCUGCCAAACAACCAAGACAGUCCAAGGGUAAGUCAAAACAUAUAUAUUUUCAGAGCUGCAAAUUUUCAUAACUUAAAAUGUCUCAUUGGCCAGCAGCCAUCUAAUUUUGAAACCAUCUGACUGACUUUCUGAAAUAAACAGAAGAAUCUAUCCCUGGGUGAAUCAUAUAAAGGACAGUACAGCAGAAUAUAGUGUGUGAUGUCUCUGAUCUCAUUCAAGCCAUGUAUAUAAUCCUUUGUUGGCCCAUUAAAGAAUUUACUGGUCAGAUUUCUAAAAUGAAGUUUGAGACUCAGAUUCAAGGAACGUGCACAGGGAGAAGGUGGUAGGCUGUGCUUUAUGCAUGUGUUCCUUGAGUGAUUGUACACAUGAAUGUCUUUGUAUGGGCAAUUGGAAGCACUGUCCCUGAUCUAGUUCUCGAGUUCCCUGCACACAAAACAGGACAACAGUCAAACCAGAAGAAGUCACCUUUCCAGCUUAACUAUAAUACAAUGCUGUUUCCAACUGUUUCGUGUAAGAAUUGCUUUUGCUGUAAUUCUGACUGAUCGAUUUCCCCAUUCUCAUCUACUGGACAAGAAGAGAGCAAACCUUACGAAACCAAUUUCCAAUUAUGAGACCCUGCUGGUCUCUGGGGCACACCUGCUGUUUCUUUCAGUUUUCUGGAUUCAGCAAUUCUCCAAGGGUAAGGGUGGAGUUACUAAAAUCCUACUGAAUUGAUGAGUUUCUCUUACACACAUGGCAAUUCCAUACAACACUAUGUAAUGCCUAGCCAGCUAGAGCAGAAACUUUAGGUUCCAUUUAGUUAGUUGUUUUUAAAGUCAGGAAGUUAAAUGUGCCAUAACAACAAGAACCCUUCUUUUUUCUAUUGCCAGGCUUUAAUGAUUCUCAUACUGGGCGAUACAAUUGGUCUGUUAACUGGAAAUAUGUUGAAGGCCCGUUCUUCUUUCCUGAAUGAAACACUGGCUGUGCUGACCUUGGCUGGAAGUUUAUUGUUACUCACUGUCGUGAAGAGAAAGCAAGAGCCAGUGACAAUUUGUUCAUACAAUUUAAAAUAUAUUAUUGAGCCUUUCAGCCACAUUGAGAGUUCUUUAAUGAUCAGCAGAUGUGUUGCCUGUGUCAGUUUUCUUUGGACACAAACAGAAUCUGCUCAGCCUGUCCCAGGAUCCCUUUGGCCGCUCAGCUACAUCUCAAGGCCCACUGCCUAGCUAAUUUGGUGUUUGCUCCCUUGUGUGUCAUUAUAACAGGGCUGGGGAGCUUCAGCUGUGUUUUCCUGUGACCUGGUGUCACCCUGAAGCAAGUUUGGUUCUUCCCCUCCUCUUGUUCCUCCUCGGUGCUUAACAACAGUCAAAUCACCUAAUGAGUGGCUUGAGCUCCCGCUCCCGAAUUAUUUUCUUAAAACAAAUUGUUCGUUGUUUUCAUUCCACAAAUGAUAUUGACCCACUUUCAUGAUCUUCAGAAACUGAAAAGGAGGCAAAUAUUCAUACCGUGGUCAGCAGCCAUUUUGAAGCAGCAGUAAAGCAGGAGUUGACCAAGGUGGCCUGCAGACAAGUCCUUUUGCAACAAGUUACCACAAUCCAUGCAUCCCCCUUUGCUGCAGGGCUGGCAACUGGGGGGGGGGUUACUUGGGCAGCCAGUAAUUUUAUGAGAAACUUUCAGAAAGUUCUCUGUGUUCCUCAUCAGUAAUAGACUCGUACUCAUAGAGAGCCAGUGUGGUAUAGUGGUUAAGAGCGGUAGUCUCGUAACCUGGGGAACCGGGUUCGCGUCUCCGCUCCUCCACAUGCAGCUGCUGGGUGACCUUGGGCUAGUCACACUUUUUUGAAGUCUCUCAGCCCCACUCACCUCACAGAGUGUUUGUUGUGGGGGAGGAAGGGAAAGGAGAAUGUUAGCCGCUUUGAGACUCCUGAAGGGGAGUAAAAGGCGGGAUAUCAAAUACAAACUCUUCUCUUCUUCUUCUAUACCUCCUCACUCUUCCCAUUCUACAUUUCUACCGUUCUUUGUUGAAAUUUGUGUGUGUACAAUCAUAGAUAUGAAAUACUUUCACUGGCAAUGUGAACUAAGCAACUCUGUGAUGUCUUUAUUAUUUGAUAGACUCCUAAUCUAUCCCAUCAGCUCAGGGUACAUAACACCAUAAUCAUUAUUUCAGUUCAGUUAACAAGUGGGGAGGCCUCUAGACACCUUUCCCUAUGCCUAAGUGUAUUUAGAUCCAUGAGAUCAGGGUUGGCAAUGUAAUGUCCCCCAAGACAUAUCCAGGUUGUCAUAGCUUUUCCAGCUUCCUCUUUCUUUUCUGAAAUGACGAGCAGCCUGCAGGUGAGAUCUAGCGCUGCAGGAAAUCAUUUCUUUCUCAGCACAUUAAGGUAGAAUCCUUGCCAAUCAACACAUGUCUCAGAUGAGGGUGGGAACUUAGUGUGCAGUGGAAAGCAAAAUAACCCUUAUUUUGCUAAGAAGGGUUUAGGAGAACGUUAGAACCUCGUGUACUCAUAACAAGCAAAAAGCACACUAAAACUAACAGACUCCAAAUGUUUUAUUAAGCACAUAUUUGCUUCCAAUGGUAUGGUUUUCGUCUCCAGAAAUUGCCCUUGCAACUUUCCAAGAUGUAACAUUUCUGCCCAUUCUCUUGUAACAGAUUGUCAAUGCACCAACAUGCCCAACAUGCUGUAGGCUGCAAAUCUUGAACAUGCACUGGAGCACUGCAAAGGCUUACUCUCCCUCUCCUUGUAUAUGCCUUGCAUUGGGUAUCCAGUAGAGUCACACUAAGGAGGAAGAAUCCCACUACUGCAAACUGCCUCUCCCAGUGCAGCGCAGCUUUACUCAUGGGAUGCUUUUAGCAGGGGCCACAAGGGACUGCAAUGGGGAGGAGGCAGCAGGGGAUGUUCUUGCGUGACAAUUAUUUUGCUUGGCUAGCACUGGAUAUAGUUACUCGCAUACAAAAAGUAAUUUAUGAGCUUGGGUAUUUGCAUGUACACAAAACCUUUGGGAUUCUUCUCUCACAAAAAUGGGGAAGAGGAGAAAAGGACAAUAAAGGUUGACCUGCAAAAACAAACAAGUUGUAUUCAUGCAUCUAGCUGUAUAGAGUCGCAUCUUGUCUUCCUGCCUUUGCAGGUGUGUCAAACAUCGUUAGUGCUCUCUUGUCACCUUAGGAUGC